GAGGGUGGUAAACACAGACUUGUGUUCGGAAUCAUACAAGUUGAUUUGAAGUUUGGUAGUCAAGAUAUUGGGAUUCUGAUUCGAAACCAGAUUGGCAUAAAAAUAUUUGAUCAUGCAGCGAAUAUAAGGUUAUUCUGGUCUAUUCAUGAAGGUUUUCAGAAGUUCAAAGCAUUCACUCCAUGGAACUUAAAGAGUUCUGCGAAGGAAUCAUGCAGAACAUGCCAGAGUCACAAAGCAUCGAUAGUAAAAAAAUUAUAAGUGUGUGAAUGACAGAUUGUAAAAGCCAUACGACGACAAUCUAGAGCUAAGAACUGUAACUGUGAAAGUAGUAAAAAAUGGACCAUGAAAUUCGUGCGCUUAAAAAGGACGUUCAGACAUAACGGAACGUGUUUGAUAAGAGUAAAUGCAGAAGCAGAGUUAUAUUUGAGCCGCAGGUACCUUUAAAGUUUGCAUUAUGAAGAGCCUUGUGGAGCUCGCCUUGGACAGCAUCAAAAGGGAUGUAACACUUUUCACAGAGCAUCUUCAUGAGCUUCCUUUUCCAUUGCUGGAGCAACUGCUGACAUCUCUUAGUCCAUAUCAGCUUUUAUUACUGGAACAAAGAUUAGGCCCAGGGCUGAACACAGAAAAAGCUUGGAAAAAUCUCUGCGAGGUUAAUCGUUAUCUGAACCGUCAUUCAGGAUGCAGUCCUAUAGCAGAUCAAGAUAUACUAACCUGGAGGAAUUUCUUUAUCAAAAUGUAUAUGUCAAGUUAUUUGGUACCAUACAUCACAAAGAAAUACAGUUGUGAACCAACACUACAGAUAUACAAGACACCUCCUGAUAAUGAGUGCGUUUCUUACCAGGCUAAGAGGGAUGAAUUUGCUGGUCUUUCAUUUGAGGCCUUCCAUGAUCAUUUGCUCCAAAUUUCAGCUUACACAUGUAACUUAAGUGUCAGGUGGAGGAAUUUCGCCCUUUUUCAGUAUUACCCAGGACUGAUUGAAGCACUGCAGCCUAGCUUGCGUGUAUUGAGUGUGAAUUGCUGGAAAUUAAAGGAUUAUAAAUGCAAGACAUUUUUGAGGAACUUGGCUCACAUCAUGUCCGCGGGCAAGCUGACAUCUCUCCACCUGGACAACGCUGAACGCCUUCCUUGGGACAUGUUCUUUCAACUUAUCAGUGGCUGCCUUCAUUGCCAGAUGUGCUUGUCUGCAUUGCCAGAAAUUUUCAAGUUUUCAGUAGACAGUGCUGCAAGUUUGGAGCAGCAUCCAGCUAGCAUGGAUCCUCUUGAAAUACCUGCAUUUGAUGAGAAAUGGAAUGAAUCAAGUGAUAGGUCAGACGACAGUGGCAUGGAGCAGACACUGGCAUGGAACAGAGCUGAGCAGGACCUGGACCUAUUUGACGAAGCUUUGUUAUGUGGUGGGGAUGGUGAGAAAGGUCACAGAAAUGAUUCAUAUCAUCUCUGGAUGCCUCACCAGGCAGAAGCAAGCACAGAACAUGGCUGUGAAAAGACAAGAUUUUCUGUCAAAUUAAUAGAAUCUCCAGGUAGAGAUGGAAUUCUCAGGGGUGCCUGCAGACAUGAGGCUGGUAUUCAAAGGUUCAAGAUGUCAUUUUCCCAGCCUGUCAAAAGUGCUCCUUUUGUUGCUAUGGCCCACUGGCUACCAUCAUGGAUGUCCCUUAAGCAUCUUACUCUCAGUCUCAAGAAUGAUGCAGGCUUAGAAAGUGCCAAAGAUGUGAUUCUAGACAAAGUCAGGACAAGGCAACUGAAAACCUUGAAUCUGAGUGCUGGGCCUUUAUGUUAUCAUAUGUCACAGCUGUUUUGGGAUGUUCUUCAGGUUCUUGGAGAUAAUGUUGACAGGUUGGAUUUGUGCCCCAUGCAGUGUUUUGGAUUUUCAAGUGAUGCUCCUCUCUGCUUCCAAGAAUUGCCUUGUGCAGAUGUUUUUCUGGGUGUGCAUCACUUGUUGUUGGAGGGAACAGACUUCAGCCAGUGCCAUUCUUUGGUGGGAUCACUAGCAAAGUUUAUUGUCAGAGACCACGCUUUGACACAUAUCCACUUAAAUGACUGCAUAUUUUCUCAGGCUGAAACAGAGCAGCUGCUGGAGGCCAUUGCCAAGAAAGAUCCACAGAUUAUUGAGCUCAGUUUGAAUGGAACAGAUCUGAGUGCCAGAUUAAUUCAGGAAUAUGUACAUCAGGUCAUCAUCAAAAACCAGAAUCUUAGUCUUCUUAGUCUGUCCAAUUGUAGGCUUGGUCCAGAGCACAUCAUGAACCCCACCUUUCUUGAUGCAGUUAGAUCCCACCAAAGUUUGAACAAACUUAAUAUCUCAAGAAAUUUGCUUGGCGAAUGUGUUGAGAGGUUUGUUGAGAAGGUGGUCUAUCCUGAAAGUUCAAUCAAGCACCUUGACUUGAGGAAAACGAACUGUAGCACUUUCAUUUUGGAUGGUCUUGCAGACUUUCUUUUGCAACAUUAUCCAGCAACCACCUUUCCACUUCUGGAAAGUAUUUCCUUGGAUACUGAUCACUCUUCCUAUGGGACUCCAAACCCCACUGUGUUAAAGUGGAAAGGUGUUGCUGAAAAUGUCAACUGUGCUAUUUGGGAGCAUACUUUAUUUGAUUACAUUGCACAAAUGUAGAUAGAAAGGUGAGAAAUGUUGGGGACUUGUUAAUAUCCAUUAGCAUGUGUGAAGUGGUGGGUUGUAGGCAGUUUUUUGUGGGGAAGACUUGUUUGGGUUUUUUUAAAUAAAGAUGGAUAACAAAUCCUUCUAAA